GGGGCCGCGCGUGCGCAGUGCGCCCCCUGGCGGCGCGGCGGAAGAUGGCGGCGGGCGGCUCGUCACGGCCCCCGGAGCGGCGGCAGGACCCGCUGUCCCGCCUCACCUGCCCCGUGUGCCUCGAGGUGUUCGACAGCCCCGUGCGCGUCCCCUGCGGACACGUGUUCUGCACGCCGUGCCUGCAGGAGUGUCUCAAGCCCAAAAAGCCAGUGUGUGGUGUGUGCCGCAGCACCCUGUCCCCUGGUAGCAGGGCUCUGGACCUGGAAAAGCAGAUUGAAACCACAGAGACUACUUGCAACGGCUGCAAUAAAAAGAUGUUCCUCUCCAAGAUGCGCAGCCACGCGGCCUCGUGCUCCAAGUACCAGAAUUACAUCAUGGAAGGCGUGAAAGCUGUGACUAAAGAGCCACUCCACAACACCAGGAACUUCCCAAAUCGCUUCACCUUUCCUUGUCCGUAUUGCAGCGAGAAAAACUUUGAUCAAGAAGGGCUGGUUGAACACUGCAAAGCGCUGCACAGCAUGGAUGCAAAACAAGUGGUUUGCCCGAUUUGUGCCUCAAUGCCUUGGGGAGAUCCGAAUUACAGGAGUGCUAACUUCAUGGAGCACCUGCAGAGGCGACACCGCUUUUCCUAUGACACCUUUGUGGAUUACGAUGCUGAUGAAGAUGAUAUGAUGGAACAGGUUUUGAUGCGUUCUUUGAGGGAUAAAUGAUCCAACUAGAAGAUUACCUGUAAAACCAAGCUUCCACAAGGGGGAAAUGCCCAGCAUCCUUGCACUUCUCCCUGCACAUCCCAAGAUUAACUCAGGCGUCCAGAAAUAUGGAAGACUUUAAUCCUAUCUCAGUUUCAAAUCCUGAUUUGAUAUUUCUGUACCACUCAAGUCUUUUGGUAUCAUGGUCUCUGCCAUUCAGCCCUGUCAGCCUCAUUUUUCUACUUGCUUCACACAAAGCUUAAUUGUAGAUCACCAUGUGGGAACCCAAUCUUUUUCCUUUCCCUGUGCCCAUUUCUUGGUUUCUUUGGCAGUUGCGUUCAUCUGACUGUCUAAAAACAGAAACAUUCCGAAUGGAAUGGCCUGAACUAGUUAAUAAAUCUCUUCCCAAUCUCAUUUACAUAUCCCAAGUGAUAGUAUGUGAGGUGUAUUUGUAGCUCUGUUUCCCUUUAGUGAGACUUCCAGGUGCUAACUGUAACUGUCAGACCAGCUCUCAUUUAAAGUGACCUCUGAUACCUGUGGUUCGAUAAUGUUUCCCAGUGUUUCAGUCCUCACAGGCAGCCUCCUAUCUAUAUGGAAAACAUAUCCUCAGUAUGAGUCUUCAAACAAAUCUUUGCACUGUGUAAACAACUAGUCCAAAAUACUUCCGUUCUAUGCAUGAUGAUUACUUUCCUCCCUACUCUUACUAUAAAAUUUCUAGCCUGAAAAAUGAACUUUAUUGUUGGUCUUAGUUAAAACACGUAAUUUUUUUAACUAUAUUAUCAAAUAUUAAUCAUAAUUGCUGGCUUUAUGAUUAAAUUGGUGGCUUUGAAACUGGUUUUCUAGUGAUUCUAAGCCUUAUGCUGACAGGGGAAUUCAGAAGGCUUUUUUCAAUACCUCUGCUUUCUAUUUAAACUAAAAUUUUCAUAUAUAUUCCUGGUUUUUCCAUCUCUCAAGGCUAGCUGGUGGCAAAACUUACCAGUAGUUCAUGGCACUUGCAUAGCACUUUCUUUUUGCAUCAGAGAUUUAAUCAGGUAUUUUGAAUUCCUGUUCUUCAUCUAAAUGUUCCCACAGCAGCUGAAGCUGUACUUGGAUGGUUUUCCAUCUAGCAGUAUGUGUGUAGAGUCAAGAAAAAUUAAAAUAUAACCCUGAAAGCAGGAUGACAAUUCCAGUCUGUGUGGUCAAUGGAUACUCUGUUUUCAAGCCUACACUUUUAGCACAGAGAUUCUUUAAUUUUAAUUCGAUGUUUUCAGUAACUUCGGACAAGCUGUUGAGAUGGGAGGUCUGGACACCCACAACAGUCUAAGACACCCGAGCAGAACUCAUAAAUCACCGUAGUGUUGAGAUGUCUAAUGUAAGCAUUGCAAUUGGAGCAGUGGACCUGCACCACCCCAGAAUUGAGCACUAAUUAAUUUAUUUGAGCAGUAACCUUACUCAUCACGCUCUGCAGACUGCAGCGUAGCCUUACCCUGAAAAUGAUGAAACCAUCCCACCUAAAACCUCUGAUCAAACUUUGUGUCCAGCCAGACCUCUAAGAUGCAUCAGAUGAACUUGGGUUUAGUGUGUUUUCCCCUUGGUAUGGGCUGUUACAGAUCCAUCCCUCAGUACCUGCAUGGGGACUGGGAAGCUCAGUCCUGAGGGUGGGAAUUGUGGGAUCUCAUGAUUCUGUGGGAAAGGAACUGUGUUUGGGGGUGGUAAUUUUAAUGCUUGACCUGCAAAGAGAUGACAAUUUACUGGGGGUUGGACGGGGAUCUCUGGGUUCUGGCUAGAGCGCAGUUUGGUGAUGCCCAUUCCAGGAAUCCAGAUUCCUGCUGCUGUUCUAAGUGCACUUCCAUGCAAUUCUGGUAAAAUAUUUAAGGAGCAGUUAGAGCUUCUGAGCAAUUACUUUGUCAUGUUUUUGACUUUUGGAGACAAGUUACAAAUAAAGGCCAUUUAAUUUAUAAAAUCCUACCU